AACGCGACGCCGCCUGCUCAGGCAGCUGGGCCAACUGCAGUACUGCACCAGGAAACGGAGCAGGUGGGAUCAUCCGGUCAGCUGACCACAGAGUAGCAUUAUCGCAAGGAAGCCGCGGCCUUUUUCUUUUGUCGCUCAUUCGUCUGGGUCAAACGCACACGUCCCUUUCGGUUCCCUCCUCCAUAACAGAUUUUUUUAAUCGCAUUCGCAACCGCCCCCGGCGACGACGGCGUCUAGCGUUGUACAGUCCUGCCGCCGUAUAUCUAUCUGUCAAUCAAUCUACCUGCACCGCUGCACACAAGUCCAACGCCGGCUCUCUCUCUCUCUCUCUCUCUCUCUCUCUCUCUCUCUCUCUCUCUCUCUCUCUCUCUCUCUCUCUCUCUGGCUCUUUGCUGCGUGCAUGGCGGGGCUGCAGCGGUCCAGCGAGACGUUCCGGCGGUCGGGCUCGUCAGGGCUUGUGUGGGACGACAACAAGAGCUUCUCGGGGGAGAUCAAGCCGGCGGAGGAGGACGGCGGCGCGGGCGCGGCGCGGGCGGUGGAGCGCAGCCGCUCCACCGGGCACGCGCACGCCGGGUACAGGGCCACGGGGCGCGUGCCGCCCGCGCUCGACCCGCCGUCGCCGCGCGUCGCCGUCUGCGGCUUCUGCAGGCUCUUCGGCGGCGGAAAGGGCAAGGAUGGCGGCAACGCCAAAGCCAAGGGCAGGCGCCACUGACUGAUCUUAGACAGGAAACGUGCGAGGCGCUUGAUUUUGACAAGCAAAAAGGCGGGCAGCAGCACGUCUCGUGGUAGCAGAGUGCUUGCCAAAGGUCAGAAAGGAAGGUGUCGAAUCAUUUGAGACAAGGUUGAAAAGGGCCGGCCGGACUGUCUCAGGUGGAUGGCAUGGCGCAAGUUCUACUGCUCUCGCAUUGGUUCCUUUUCGGCUACUUUGGUUAGCUCUGGUCGUCACGAAAUUCAUGAUCUGACCAAGAGAUCAUAUAGGGGAAAGGUAUCAGAACCACACUGAAAAAAGAUAGAAAAUUCUUGUUAGGUCUACUCGGUCCACCGAAUUGAUCAUCCAACAGUAAUAUAUACUCCUUCCAUGUUAAUUUUUA